AUGCAAAUGUAUUUCCGUGAAGUUGAGGACGUGGCAUGGGGGUGGUGGUGGCGGGCACAGAAUGCUUUGGAGAAUGAUUUAAAUCCAUGUUAUUGCAAGAGCUGCAUCAGGGUCACCUUGUCGGCCACAGACUGUUACAUUGUUCAUGAAAUCUACAAUGGGGAGAAUGCUCAGGACCAGUUUGAGUAUGAGCUGGAACAAGCCUUGGAGGCCCAGUAUAAAUACAUUGUGAUCGAGCCGACGCGCAUUGGAGACGAGACGGCCCGCUGGAUCACCGUGGGGAACUGCCUGCACAAGACCACCGUGCUGGCGGGGACCGCCUGCCUCUUCAGCCCGCUGGCCCUUCCCGUAGAUUAUUCCCAUUACAUCUCCUUGCCGGCCGGUGUGCUGAGCAUAGCCUGCUGCACCCUCUAUGGGAUCUCUUGGCAAUUCGACCCCUGUUGCAAGUACCAAGUGGAGUAUAACGCUUAUAAACUUUCUCGUCUGCCCCUGCAUACGCUCACCUCCUCCACGCCGGUAGUGCUGGUGAGGAAGGAUGACCUGCACAGAAAGAGACUGCAUAACACGAUAGCACUCGCUGCCCUGGUGUACUGUGUAAAGAAGAUUUAUGAACUCUACGCUGUAUGAUUGCUGCAGGGGGGUGGAAUAAGGGGGGGAUGACCCCUGCAAAGACAAAAAGCAUACUAAGACUCCCACAGUAACAUUUAACUUUUUUCCUCUUGAAGUGGCAGUGCCUGGGAAGCAGUUUGGUUUUUCCAGAUUUUUUUUUCUUUUUUGUUAUUUUUAAAAUACAGCAUUGGUGCAUCAAGGUUUUUUUUUUUUCUUUUUUGGCCCCGGGUUCGUUCUUUCUUACACCUCUGAUAUGGAUCUGCAGUGAAAUGGAAACCUGUGGGAGCUGAAAUCAGGAAUGGAAUGUCAACGAAAGGCAAUGAAAACAGGAGAGGGGGAGGAAGUGUUAGCUCUUUUUUUUUUUUUUUUUUGGAAGAAACUUUUAAGUAUACUGUCUAAUUGUAUUCUACAGAACCAGCUCAAAAGUUAUCACUGACCAUUCAUUAAAGGAUGAGAAUUUCA